AUGCUCAUGGUGCCUCCAGCAGCAACAAGGAGCAGCAGCAGCAGCAGCAGCAGCAGCAGCAGCAGCAGCAGCAGCAGCAGCAGGGACUCCGUCGCCGGCACUCGCGGAUGCGUAGAUCAGGGCCAGAAGCCGCUGCGGCUGCUGCCAGCAGCAGAUGCAACGCCUGUUGUUGUUUUUGUAAACUGCAAAAGCGGAGGACAGCUGGGGAGAGCUCUCUAUAAGGAUCUGCUCUAUAGACUCAACCCCCUGCAGGCUGAGGAGGGCCCCGAGCGGGCUCUGAAUUUCUUCCGGCCGCUGGCUGUGCGGGGGCGGCUGCGGGUUUUGGUUUGCGGCGGCGACGGCACGGUGGGGUGGGUUAUCGAUGCAAUACAGAAAGUAUAUGCAAGGCCACGCAAGCUCAAGCAGCAGCAGCAGCAGCAGCAGCAGCAGCAGCAGCAGCAGGAGAAAGAGAAGGAGAAAGAGAAGGAGAAGGGGGGAGAUGCAGCCGAAAAACCAACGGGAGAUGAUACGCCGAAGGUGCAGGACCUUGAUGAUGAGGAGCAGCAGCAGCAGCAGCAACAAAAGCAACAGCAGCAAACGGAAGAGCAGCAGCAGCAGCAGCAGCAGCAGCAGCAGAGAGAGGAGACGGCAUCUUCAGUGGUUCCCGUGGUCGAGAAAGAGAAGGAGAAAGAGAAGGAGAAGGGGGGAGAUGCAGCAGAAAAACCAACGGGAGAUGAUACGCCCAAGGUGCAGGACCUUGAUGAUGAGGAGCAGCAAGAUGCAGCAGAAAAACCAACGGGAGAUGAUACGCCCAAGGUGCAGGACCUUGAUGAUGAGGAGCAGCAGCAGCAGCAGCAGCAACAACAGCAGCAAACAGAAGAGCAGCAGCAGCAGCAGCAGCAGCAGCAGAGAGACGAGACGGCAUCUUCAGUGGUUCCCGUGGUCGUGAGCAGCCCGAACUAUCCUCACUGUCGUUUAUGCAGAGAAGCAGCCGAGGGCAACACGCAGCAACAAAACCAGCAGCAGCAGCAGCAGCAGCAGCAGCAGCAGAUGCUGUCUCUGGAGGAGAAGCAAAGACAGAAGCAGCCGUCUGCCUUCGUCCCCGUAGCAAUCUGUCCCCUCGGCACGGGCAACGACCUCAGCAACGUCUUGGGCUGGGGAAUGACAUUCGAUGGAGAUAUCGUUGAGGUGCGGCUGCUGCUGCUGCUGCUGUUGCUGCUGCUGGUGCUGUUGCUGCUGCUGGUGGUGCUGCUGCUGCUGGUGGUGCUGCUGCUAGUGGUGGUGGUGGUGCUGCUGCUGGUGCUGCUGAUGGUGCUGCUGCUGCUGCUGUAUCUGUUGCUGGUGCUAAUAGCGCUGCUGUUGCCGUUGCUGCUGUUGAUGAUGAUGCGUGUGCUUGCUGUGGUGGUGGUGGUGCUGCUGCUGCUGCUGGUGGUGGUGCUGCUGCUGCUGGUGCUGCUGCUGAUGCUGGUGCUGCUACUGUAUCUGUUGCUGGUGCUAAUAGCGCUGCUGUUGCCGUUGCUGCUGUUGAUGAUGAUGCGUGUGCUGUUUCUGCUGCUGCUGUUGCUGCUGCUGCUGUUGCUGCUGCGUCUGAUGGUGAUGCUGCGCCUGGUUGUGCUCCUUAUGCAUUUGCUGAAAAUUCGCCGGGCGGUUCCUUCAGCCCUCGACAUUUGGAAUGUUGAGGCUUCUGCUGCAGUUGCUGCUGCUGCGUAG